ACUUAUUAAAUAGAUUCGUUGUGAUAGAUAUUCCUUUCUUGAAUGUGAGAAAGAGCUUACAUCAUUGAUUUCCCCAUGCGGAUUCAUUUAUCACCCUGUUUAAAGCAACUACGUUUCUUCUGCAAGAGAGUCUUUGGUUCGGGUCAGACAAUGGCUGUAAACAGGUUUGCAGAAAAAAUACCACUCGGAAACGAAAUCUUAAACGUAACUGGAAACCUAUGGAAGGGUUCAGCCUACUCGAUUCUUCCGUUGCUUCUUGCUUUCAACCAAUUUCACAACUUUUGGAUUUUCCUUCUGGUCGUCAUAUCACUCUUGGGUGUCAUUUAUUUUGCACAAGACAUUCUCCUAUAUCACUGCGACAAUCCGCCAAAUUCACGUCUUUAUGUUCAAAGCUUAUCAUUACAAACUCCGAAACAUGCUAUCGGAGGUGUUGAUAAUAUCCAAAUGUUGACAGAAGAUUCGGUUGUUCUACAUGGGUACCUGCUGAAAGCUGUGAACUACGAGCAACAAAAUUAUCCCACUAUAGUGUACCUGCAUGGCAACGCAGGCAACAUCGGACACCGCCUGCCCAAUGCGACUGAGAUGGUGGCGAAGCUGAAGUGCAAUGUGCUACUGGUUGAAUACAGGGGUUACGGCAAGAGCACUGGGAGUCCCUCUGAAUAUGGACUGUACUUGGACGCAAAGGCUGCUAUCAAUUUCAUCAGAACUCACACAGAACUGGGCGGCAGUCAGAUUGUUCUGUUUGGUCGAUCUCUUGGAGGAGCAGUGGCUAUACAUUCUGCUACUAGCCAGUCGCUCCUCAAUCUCGACAAAAUAUCCAAGAUCAAAUCUUCUGCCGCUUCUUGGGAAUGGUUCCAGAGACUCAUAGCUCACACAGAACUGGGCGGCAGUCAGAUUGUUCUGUUUGGUCGAUCUCUUGGAGGAGCAGUGGCUAUACAUUCUGCUACUAGCCAGUCGCUCCUCAAUCUCGACAAAACAUCCAAGAGCAAUGGCUGUAGCGCUUCGGGAGACACCAACUCGCUGAGAGGAGAGAACUUAGGGUCAGCAGAUGGUCUUCCAGUUGCCAUGUUGAUUGUGGAGAACACUUUCACCCACAUAGCAGAUGUGGCAGAAGUCAUGUUCCAGAUACCCGGAUUCACCUUCAUUCCAAGGUUGUUUUACAAGAACAAGUAUGCCAGUGUGGACAAGAUGGGCAGAGUGGAGGUGCCCUCUCUGUUCAUCAGCGGCCAAGCAGACCAACUGGUGCCCCCUCACAUGAUGGCCAAUCUGUUCACCAAAUGUGCAGCCACAAAGAAACGACUGCUCAAGGUGAGAGGCGGAACCCACAACGAGACUUGGAUGACCUCUGGAUAUUAUGAUUCCAUUCGGAAAUUCAUGGACGAAGUGCUGACGUCACCAGAAUCAUGGCAACUGCCAAUCAGAUCGAAUCAUGGGGGCGGAGGAACACCAAGAACCAGUAACACUCCAUCAAUGGAGUCAUUCGGAGGACCCUCUCAACCACUAUCAGCUGCGAAUAUCAACUCACCGGCUCACUCAGUGUCGGUUGGGGCGAGGAGAGACAACGAAACGACAGAGGAGUUCAAUUACCCUCAGAAUGAGUUCGCAGACAAUAACAGCAGACAAGUUUGAAUGAAAUAUAGAUAAGAGAAAGAGAAAUCGAGAUUGAAGAAAGAAAUCGAAGUUCGCCGCUCAGUUAUCGUGUUUUUUUUCUGUAAUGAAAUGUGAAAUGUAGAGCUUAGUUAAAUGUAUUUUAAUUUUAAAAAGCUGAUUUACCCUCGAUGAAUUUGGCAAUAAUUGCUGACAAGUUUGAAAUCAGAAUAUGAAAAUCAAGUUUGAUGUUGUAUAAACGGGGUUGCGUACGUUUUCUCCUCUUUGAAUUGAGGUAAAAGGAUAAAUUUAAUUAAAUAGUGAAGAUUUUCUUAUGCAAAAAAAUUCUUCCGAAAGUUUUGUGUCAUUCAAGCUUUGAAAACAGAUACUUAACAACCAUGAAUUGAUGUACUGCCUUCUUUUACCACAAAAUAUUCUUUGC